CAACCGCUGACGCUCCUCGUUUCUCAGAAGCGGGAUCUGAAGUGCAAUCAUGCCGAUUUCAGAAGAGCGGCUGUUGGUGAAGCCAGCAGAGCAGGACUCAACAGCCGUCAAGAACGCGGCCGUCGCGCGCAAGCUGGUCGUCGCAUCACUCAUAUGCGUCAGCCAAAGACACAGCACUGACAGCAAAGACAGCUAGACGAUCUGCGCCCAUUAUCAUUUGGCAAUGUGUGUGUGCCUGUGUUGGCGCAGCUGCUGUUCAUGAUUGUGGAGGUCGUGGGCGGCUUCCUGGCCCGCUCGCUGGCCCUCAUGACCGACGCUACGCACCUGCUGUCAGAUCUGGCAUCAAACCUUAUCGGGUCCACCACACAUAAGCAGAAACACGCAUCUCUCUAGUUUUGCACCCGUCUGUGUUUGUGUUGGUUUGUUUGUUUCUCUGUGCAGGUUGUUUGCCAUAUGGUUGGCGAGCAAGCAGGGGACGACCAGCCUGUCGUUCGGCUAUCACCGAGCUGAGAUCCUGGGUGCCCUCGUCAGCGUGUUCAUCAUUUGGGGCGUUACAGGUCGGUAGGGGGACGCACAGACAGGGAUCGAUGCACUCAUGUUGGUCGGAAUGGUGGAUAGAUGGAUGAAUGGAUGGAUGCACUUAUUGCCGCCUGCAUCGUUGUCAGCGUGGCUGCUGUGGGAGGCUGUGGAUCGAGCCAUCAACCCAACGGCGGUCGACGGCAAGAUCAUGUCAAUCACGGUAGGUAUUGCGGACCGAUCCCAUCACGUUGUGUGCCCUAUCAUGAUGUUGGUUUGUGGUUUGGUCAGGCGCUCAUCGGCCUGGUGGUCAAUCUCAUUCUCACACAAGUGCUGCAGACACACAGGUGCGCAUUUGCUGGCCUGCAGACAACAUUCUAAAGAUGGACACCCACCCCUCUCUGUCUGCUUGUGUCUGCUCAGUCACGGUAUCGGACACCAGUGCCACGGCCACUCCCAUGACCACGGCCACACACACACCCACACACACACCCACACACACACCGACCACCUCAAGCACCACGAGGAUGGCACCCACGCCCAUCACCCACCACACACAGCAGCAGGCCACCCCGACCGGAGCGGCAAGGUCGGCAUCACCCCCACCUUCCCCGUGCACCCUCAUGCCGGCGACAGCCUCCACAGCAGCAGCCAGCAGGUCAACGGCCACCCCUCGUCGGGCGUCAACGACAGCUCACACAACAGCAGCAGCGGCGGGGGCCAGAGCAGCGGACAGAGUGGGCAGAGUGUUCUGGGCGGGAGAGGUGGGCGUGUGCCGCCAUCAGCACGGUCGGCGCCCUCGCCGUCUCGGCCGGGGAUGCCCCUCUCUGCUGAUGAUACAUCGCACUGGUGAGCGAGAAUAUAUGGCACGAGAGGGGGGCGAAGUGCACGGCACCACUGUUGGUGGUGGGCGGUGCGGUGAGAUGUGUGUGGAUGUGAUGUGUUUGUGCGCAGGCGGUCGACAGUGAGUGAGGAGGUGUGGGACGGCGGGGGGACCUCGCCACACAUGCCAUCACCCAACUCGGGCCCAUCGGCCAUCCCUGAGGUCUGAAUGAACCACACCACACACACACACACACACACACAUACGGGGACUCAUAUGCUCUCUCUGUGUCUGUGUGGUGCACACUUGUUUGCAGUCCAACAUGUCUCAGCGGUCGUCGCCGAUUCUGGAGAACGGUCAGGGCGUCGGCAAGAGGGCAGGCGGACAUGUCUGUGGCGGCCACGGGCAGCACGAUGGCCACCACCACAGCAGGGGUCGCGGUGGCGGUGGGAAACAGAAAGACCAGCAGCACAGGAGCAUGAACCUUCAAGUAAGCGACCGACAGGAGAACAGCAGGCAAUCCAUAGCCAGCUGGUGAGGGGGCUGGUCAGUUAAUGUCUGUCUGUGUGUGUGUUGGUAAAUGAAUGGUCAGGCUGCGUACAUCCAUGCCUUGGGCGACCUCCUGCAGAGCUUGGGAGUGCUUAUCGCCGCAUUGUGCAUAUGGUAGGUCACCCACCGCACUGCACUGCACUGCACUGCACCUUACCUACACACACAAACAGAUGGAUGCGCGAGGCGUCAAUCCAUCAGGUACAACCCCGGCUGGCACUUGGCCGAUCCCCUGUGCACUUUCAUUUUCUCGAUAUUCGUCAUGUGGACCACAUUCGGGAUCAUCAAGGAGGCCACCAACGUGCUCAUGGAGGGCACGCCAGAAGGGAUCGACCUCGAGGACCUCCAAAGCGACCUCAGCGCCAUACCGGGAGUCGUGUAAGCCACAUCACAUUCAACCGUCCAUACUCUCUCUGUGUGUGUGUGGGUGGGUGGGUGGGUGUGUCAGUGAGGUGCAUGAUCUGCACGUGUGGUCUCUCUCGAUCGGCCACCCAGCCCUCGCCGUGCACAUCGUCACUGGUGAGAUGAGAGAGACGCACACCUGCCCUGCAGUCAGUGCCACAUACAUCAGUUAGUUCUAUGUGUUCGUGUCUUCCGAAUGGUUUGAACAGCCGAGGAGCCGCUGGCCCGUGAGAUUCUGACGACGGCCACGGAGAUCUGCCAAUCGAGCUACAACAUCCUGCACACAACCAUACAGGCAGGCACAGCCCCUGUCAGGCAGGCACCUCAUAACGAAAUGGCACGCCCACGCCCGCGCCCUUCUGUCUCCCUGUAUUUCCUUUCGUCAGGUGGACUUUUCGAUGGGCAAAUCAGAGUGCGGGACGUCAGCGCACCGCAAGUGCCACGACCUCCUCAACGGCUCAGCGGCGACAGCGACCCCGCCCGUCGACCCCCCACUGCCCCGGUCACACAGCGACUCGAGAGCCACUGUCCCCCACUGCUGCUCACACAACCACAAACAUGGCGCCGACCACAAGGUCUAAAGCACUGGGGGGUGCGUUGAGGUGCUGCGGACAGCUGCAUGUGUGUGUGUGUGCGUGAG